AUGGCACUUCUGACGCAUGAGCUGGUGCCGGGAAGGAGCCUGGGACCGUUUGUCCUGGGUGACUCGAUAACACACACCAUGGCGUAUCUGCAGCAGCAUCGCAAGUCCUACAGACGCGUUGAGGUCCAGUAUGAGCCUCAGGCUCUGCUGAGCCGCGACAUCCUCGUCACCCUGCCAGAGCACGGCCUUCGCCUCGCCUUUGAGCCGCUGACUCAGCGCCUGCGCCUACUGGAGAUCCUGGACAGCAGCCACCUCCUGGUCACGUAUCAGAAGGCGCGCGCGUUCGGCGGCAUGGCGCACCCUCCCUGCCUGGGCGGCAUGUAUGACACCUUUGGGCCGACCUACCCAGUGGAGUGGGACCCCGCGUCAGCGUCCUUCCCUCUUCUCUACCCGGGGCUCCUCCUCCUCUUCCCGGUGCCCCCCUGCGACAAGGCCAUGAGUCUGACUCCCGGCAACGAUGCCCCGCAGGGGUUCCCGGUGCCGCCCACCACCCAGGCCUCCCGGGUGUGCCUCUUCACAGGCGCGGCUCGCGACGCGGCCGCUGCGCUGGCCUCCCCACCCCCGCCACGCGGGCACCCCGGUGCAGCCCGCGUGCUGCAUGCCGUCCCCGGCCGCGGAGUCUACUCCGAGGCAGGGCCGGGGGGGGCGAACAGCGCCUGCGUGGAGCUAGGGGACUCCCCCCAGGACGUCGUGACGCGGCUGGGGCCGCCCACCUUCACCAGUGCUGCCGCGGAGCAGCGAGGCCUGGGCGCCCGCUACGUCUACAUGUACCCCGAUCUGGGGAUGGACGUCGUGAUGGGUGCGCGAACGCACGCCGUGGAGAAGCUGGUGCUGCACGCCAGCAUGCCCGGCUCCGCAGGCUUCGGCCUCGCCUCCCGCUGCUCCUUCAGGUGGGCACGGGGCGCUGCAUUUUGGUAG